UGUUCCGCUAAAUUGUGCCUCCGCUAUUACAUCGUCCAAAAUGACGAUCAGCCAAUUACUAGGCGAGUUCCAAGCUUCCAAGAUUGAUGCGUAACAACUUUCUUUGUAUUAAGCCACGUCUAGAAUUCUCUAUAUAUUAUCAUUCACUUCCUCCUUGACACUUUCCCUCUGGCAUCAAACACAUUCAGAGAAACAGAAACUACUCUCAGUUGAAUUUACCAACAACUAUCAAAAAAAAAGCUAUUGUAAGUUACAAGCUACUCUCCGUACUUCUUACUGUGGGUACGAUAUCAUGGCGGUGCCACAAAUAUGACGACACAGCCAUUCCAAGCUCAAGUCUACACCAAUCGAGCCCGCACAGCACCAUAAACAACCAGAAUCAGAAACUAACAACUUUUUCACUGCAGACCUCAGCACCACUCAACACCACAUCAACCUCACUCAAACCACUCAAACACAACUCAAAAUGUGUACCUCAACCUCCACCGGUCUCGUCAACCGCAACGGUCCUGGCUCCGCAGCCUCGUCUACUAUCUCUGAUAUCGUGAAGGGCACAAACACAACUGGAAAGACAAAGUGCAUAGAGUGUGAUGGUUAUGAAUGCUGUUGUAUUCCUAUUCCUUGCACUGUUAUGUGAGAGAUGCAAGAUGUACUUGGGUGAUUGAAGAUGCAGAAAAAGGUCAUCGUGACGUGCUAGGAAAAGGGGAGGCGAAUUUUGGAAUACCAUAUGGGAUGAGAGUUUAUUUUAUUUGGACUUUGAUAUGGGCUGGUGUUCAGGAAACGAAAGGAGAGAAGCGGGCUUGAUGAUAUUGGUGGUUUUAUGAAUAAAGAAUAUGGAUGGAUACCUUUUCAAUGCAACUUGUACUUUUGAUGGAUGUUCUUCAUUUGUGCGUGCUGAUGUUUCUUGGUGACUUUUGGGAAAGUGUACAGGUG